AUGAAGAAAUUUUUUCUUUUCGUUUUUGGCACUUUUGCCAGCGGACAACUUCAAAUUGUCACUUCCAGCGAUCCGGAUCCCUCUGGACCUCCCGAUCCGGCCCUUGACUGGCAUAACGGACCUCAAGGGCUGAGCAACAGCAUCAUUGUAAGAUGCAAGAACACUAACUGGGAAUGGUGGACAAACGAGCACAAAGAUGCUAUCAUUCUUCCUUGUGGAAGAAGCGAUUGCGAUUUCGCUACUCAAACUUGCGAAAACAGCGCUGAUGAAACUACCUAUACUUGCAUCGACAAACCAACAACAACAACAACCACCACAACAACGACAACAAUAACAAUAUCGUCAACAUCAACAACAACAUCAACAUCAACGACAACGUCAACAACAACGACUACAACAACAUCGACCACUACCACUACAACUCCUGGAGAAGGAACACCCGCUGAUAAAGACUACGGUGCAGAAGCUGUUGAUGAAGUUUCUGACAUCAUAGAUGAAAUCGACGCGGAUCUUGAUGCCAAAACGCUCAAACAAGUCAAAAAAGCGGUCAAGAAUCUCAAGAAACUCGUCAAAAAGCUACUGAAGCACAACAAAAAGCUCGAAAAGAAGGACGGCUGUACUUUUGAAGCCCCAAACAUCACUCCUAUCCGCAACGGAUGUAACGGACUUGCUGAUGCGGAGGGCAAUCUUGAUGCUUGGACUCGAGCAUACGGAAUGAACUGCAAAAAGGACUUUUCAAAGAGGAUAAAUAGGAGUUCUUAUGUCGACCGAUUGAUUUCAAAGUAUUUGACCAAAUCGAUGAAAACUUUGAAUCAAUCAAUUGGAUGCUGA